CGCGCCCGCCCGCCGCCUGGGCCCCGAGCCCACCGCGCCGCCCGCCCGCCGCCUGGGCUCGUCCCGCCGCCCUCGGAGGACGGCCGGCCAUGGACGCCUGCAAGUUGGAGCCGAGCGGGAGGGUGUGAGCGCGCCGGGGGCCGGGAGCCCGCGCCGCGCAGCCGGGCAGCCGGGCGCGCCGGGGGUGGGUCCCUCUCCCCAGCCCGGCUCUGCGUGGAAGAAGAGGGCGGGGACCGGCGCGGGGAGGAGAGCGGAGGAGGAGAAGGGGGCAUGACUCGUGCAACUUGCGGCGGGCAUCCACCGAGCCUCUGAGCCGCCGGCGGCCCGGGGCCCGGAUUGCGGCCGCGCGGAUCCCACCCAGCCCACCCCGCCCCGGCCGACGGCUGCGGCUGACCUGGAUCCUCGGAGCGCCGGGCGGCCGGCAGCGAUCGGCCUUCGUCUUCCGGACUGGUUUCUGGAGCGCGGGGAGCGCUCUCCUCGCGGCCCCUCUCGCCGGACCCCCGGCCCCCGAUGGCUCGGAUGGGGCUUGCGGGCGCCGCUGGACGCUGGUGGGGACUCGCUCUCGGCUUGACCGCAUUCUUCCUCCCAGGCGCCCACGCCCAGGUGGUGCAGGUCAACGACUCCAUGUACGGCUUCAUCGGCACAGACGUGGUCCUACACUGCAGCUUCGCCAACCCGCUGCCCGGCGUGAAGAUCACCCAGGUCACGUGGCAGAAGGCCACCAACGGCUCCAAGCAGAAUGUGGCCAUCUACAACCCAGCCAUGGGCGUCUCCGUGCUGGCCCCCUACCGCGAGCGCGUGGAGUUCCUGCGGCCCUCUUUCACGGACGGCACCAUCCGCCUCUCCCGCCUUGAGCUGGAAGACGAAGGUGUCUACAUCUGCGAAUUUGCCACCUUCCCUGCUGGCAACAGAGAGAGCCAGCUGAACCUCACUGUAAUGGCCAAACCCACCAACUGGGUGGAGGGCACCCAGACGGUGCUUCGAGCCAAGAAGGGGCAGGAUGACAAGGUCCUGGUGGCCACCUGCACCUCGGCCAACGGGAAGCCCCCCAGCGUGGUGUCCUGGGAAACACGCCUGAAGGGCGAGGCAGAGUACCAGGAGAUCCGGAACCCCAACGGCACGGUGACCGUCAUCAGCCGCUACCGCCUGGUGCCCAGCCGGGAGGCUCACCAGCAAACCCUGGCCUGCAUCGUCAACUACCACACGGACCGCUUCCGGGAAAGCCUCACCCUCGACGUGCAGUACGAGCCUGAGGUGACCAUCGAGGGGUUUGAUGGGAACUGGUACCUGCAGCGGAUGGACGUGAAGCUCACGUGCAAAGCCGAUGCCAACCCCCCUGCCACCGACUUCCACUGGACCACGCUGAAUGGCUCCCUCCCGAAGGGCGUGGAGGCCCAGAACAGAACCCUCUUCUUCAGGGGGCCCAUCAACUACAGCCUGGCCGCGACCUACGUGUGUGAGGCCACCAACCCCAUCGGCACCCGCUCGGGCCAGGUGGAGGUCAACAUCACAGAAUUCCCCUACACCCCAUCUCCUCCUGAACAUGGGCGGCGCGCCGGGCCGGUGCCCACGGCCAUCAUUGGGGGCGUGGCGGGGAGCAUCCUGCUGGUGGUGAUCGUGGUCGGCGGGAUAGUGGUCGCCCUGCGCCGGCGCAGGCACACCUUCAAGGGCGACUACAGCACCAAGAAGCACGUGUAUGGCAAUGGCUACAGCAAGGCAGGCAUCCCCCAGCACCACCCGCCCAUGGCCCAGAACCUGCAGUACCCGGAUGACUCGGACGAUGAGAAGAAGGCUGGGCCCCUGGGCGGGAGCAGCUACGAGGAAGAAGAGGAGGAGGAGGGCGGCGGAGGGGGUGAGCGCAAGGUGGGUGGCCCCCACCCCAAGUACGACGAGGACGCCAAGCGGCCCUACUUCACGGUGGAUGAGGCAGAGGCCCGUCAGGACGGCUACGGGGACCGGACUCUGGGCUACCAGUAUGACCCCGAGCAGCUGGACUUGGCCGAGAACAUGGUUUCUCAGAAUGACGGGUCUUUCAUUUCCAAGAAGGAGUGGUACGUGUAGCCUCCCUCUCCAGAGCCUCUGUCUGCUCCCCUUUCUCCCCAGCCCCCCGCCCGCACGCCCCCUGCCCACCCCCAUGCCCACUCCUCCAGGACAGAGACUCGCCCAGCUGCCCAGAGCCAGCCCCACACUUCCGGGGAGCGGGGAGCCCAGGGCAGACACGACCUGGCUUUGGUUUGGUUUCCUCCCUGUCCCCGGCCCUCCCCAUAGUGUUGUGUUCGCUGCGGCUUUGGUGUUGCUGUACCUUCCCUCCCCUGACCCCACCACCCUCUGCCUGCCCUCUGUGUGGGGAGCCCUGUUCUCGUCUUGUGUACCUGGGCGUCCCUCCAGGGUUUGGGGAACCAGCCCUCCCCCGCCCCCCCAACACUGGAAUUUGUUUGUGGUCUUUCCACCGGGGGUAGAGGGCUGAGGGAUUUCCGAGAGGAAAAGCCCCACCCCCACCCCCAGAUGCUGCUCCUCUUUUCCCAGGUAGGGGGACCCCCCCACACCCCCUGCCAAGAGCAGCCGGGAGCUUGGGACCCCGCUCUAGACAGCCGUUGCACCCAAGAGACAGGGAGAGGCUUCUCUAAAGCCCCAGGGUUGUCUUGUUACAUGAAUCGGGGACCUUGGGCAGUGUGUUCUCCUGGCGAGGCUGGUUUUACAUUUUUUUUCCUCACUGGCCAACAGGGAGUGAAGUUGGCCCAGCUCUGGUGUGUCUCUCCUCUUGACCCCUCUCUGCUCCCCACAUCGUGGGACUCCGGGUAGACUCUGGCCCCACACUUCCCGUAUGCCUCUACCAACACAUACACACACCUCCAUGCACACUCGCCACUCGUGUCUGCCCCUCGUUCCCGUGGGGUCACAUGCCCUCCCCAGCUGGACACUGCCUGAGGCCCGCCCCUCUCUAUCCCACCUCUUCCCCCUCUCCCCCCACCCCCAGCUGAGGAUGGGGACAGCCUUCAGAAGUCUCCAGGGAUGGCUGAGGCCAGGGCCCAUGAAGCUGGCCCUGAAUUGCUUCUUUCAGCAUGGGAGGUUCUCAGGUUUCUCCCGUAUCUGUCAAGUGCUAGCAACUCAAUUCUCCUGGGGAGUCAGGGCAGGGGUCCCUAGGAUGUCUGGGAGUCAGAGGUGACUGGGCACCACCACGGAGGGCAAUGGGGAAGGGAGUCCACCCGGUAGAAGUUUUGCAAACACAGAUGCUGAAGAGUGCAGGCGGUGGCUUGUGCCAAGGCCAGUGCAGAUGUUCUGGGCUUGCCGGACAGUACAAAAGGGGUGCGGGUGGGGGGGCAGGAAUCCUGAUCCAGCAUCUCCUGCUCACUGAUCUCCCCUCCCCACCCAGCUAUCCUUGGUCUCCAUUCUGGGAUGGGGCAGUAGGGACCCUGGGGAAGCUUUCCCUGUAAGUUACAGAUUCCCUCCUUGAAUGGGGCUCCUGGUUCCCAUCGGUCACCCAAGACAAGGGAUUCCUGUCUGUACAGUGGGGGACAGGCCCCUCUCAGCUCUCUCAGUUCCCCCAGCUCAAAGUGCCUCAGUUCCUCCAUCUGUCCACCCUGGUCCCCCCAGCGCUCUAGAUAGAAAGGACUCCAGGAUGGGAGAGCAGGCUCACGCCUGCCCAUUAGGGUUCCAGUUACCCCAGGCCGUCAGGGGCUCUGUGGGAUGGCAGGUGUUGCGGGGGGGGGAGGGAAGCAGAACUCUGUGCCCCACGGGCACUGGCCUACCCUGCCACAGGCUUCCCAAGGGAGCCCCAGCUGCACUCCUCCCCUCCCUGGUGCUGCUAUUGAACCCCCCACCAGCCCCGUCUCUGCCCUGGCACCCCUGGGCCCACCAGCUGGGCCGCCCUCACCCGGCCCCCACUGCCCCAGCCCCAGCCCUGGCUGCCCAGUAGCCACGUAGCAGAAGUCUGAAGCCAUGCCAGCCCUGGGGUGGCUCUCCCCUCUUGGCAUUGGGGGUACUGGAUGGGUUGGAGAUGGGGGAGACAAUUCUGGGGUCUUUCUAAGCCACAGGACAGAGAGGGGCAGAGGUGCCGGGCUAUUUCUCCCAGGGGUAUUAGCGUCGCCCAGGGCAGAGGACCUUUUCCAUGUCACAUCACUGCCGCAUCCCACCUCACGGCACUCUGGCCCCUCUGCUUGGUCUCCUGCCCGCCCAACCCCCAGGCAGGAGGAAACCCCGGGGGCCUCCCUGAUAGAGGCAUUCUCUGUCCCCUUGAAACCGAAAGAAUUCUUCCUCCUGUAUCUCCCUUGUCCUGCACUGCCGCCCCCCCUCCUCACUAUGUGAUGUUCUUAGGAGGGCCCCCGGGCCCAGCCAAAGCACUGAGUCCCCCUUGAGACCCCUCCAUGCCCUCCCCCCAAGCAAAGCACAAAGUAGGAUCCAUGCCACACGCAUGGGCCGCGUGGGAGGCUCCUGUCUACCUUGCCGGGCAGCAGCAUGCACAGCAGGGCGGUUGCUCCUCGGGGGCCGAGGGUGGACCGGGGGCAGGCAGGGGUCAGCGCUCGGGCCUGGAGACAUGGGGCUUUCUGCGCCCCGAGUUUGCGGGAAGGUGGGCCCUGCCGUCGGGCCCACAGACACAGCCAGCCGACGAAGGGGAGGCCUGGCCCAACAGAGAGAUGAGGACCUUCCGCGUCUCCUUCGCGCCCCCCCCAGCCUGAGCUGAGCCUUCUGCCUUUGCUGGAGAUGAAAUAAACUUGGUAUUCAUUGUGCCAAGGCCUCCCCCGUUGUCACCCUGCCUCUUGUUACCCCUCUCAGUUCUUGCCCCGGACCCUGCUCCCCUGCUCCCCCCUAUUUCUUUAAGGUUUUGAUAUUGUUCUAAUGUGUAAACAAAGCAUCCGAGUCCCCUUUGAUCAGAAGGAGCCGAAACGCAGCAGCAGGGAAUCGGUGAGCACACAGCGCGGCCCCCACCCCACGGCCCAGCCUGCGCGCACACGGGGCACGCCCCCCGCCCCCAAGCGCAAGUGCGCACGCGCAGAGGGACGGCCGGGCCUGCCAGAAGCCCCGCAGCAGAGACGUGACUUCCCAGUGCCCGGGCUGUCAGAGAGACUCACGGGGGCCUCUUUUCCAGGGCGUACGCCCCUCAUUCCCCCCCCGCCCCCGCCAACCUCCCUCCCAUGUGCCCAAGUCACUGGUGCAAUAAUCUUUCUGCCACCCUCUAAGCAGAGGAAUCGGAAACUGUGUUAGGUGGGUGGGGGUGGCCCGCCAGGGAGGACAGGGGCCCAGAGACCUCCGAAGCCACCAGGAACCUCUCCUGCUAAGGGGCGCGUGGGCCCGUCCCUGGCCACAGAGACACCUGCUCUGGCUGCGGGCGCCGCGCGGCCCGGGCCCAGGUGCUGCUGGUCUUCCGACUCCUGCUGUGAGGAACGGGAUUCUUGGCCGGAAAACAACCGCAACAACAACAACAACAAAAAAUGGUUUUCUCUUUUUGUACAAAUGGAAACAAAAUCCAGGAGAAGCUGCCACCCUUCACCUCUGAGUGCGAUGCGCUACCUUGAUUUCAGUUUCUUCAUCACCGUGUUCGUCUUUGGCCCCGGGGACGGCCCAGCAGAUUCUCCUGGUUCUGACCUAGGGGGUGUUUGCAUCACCCCCUUUUACUUGUAUAAAAAAAAAUGGGUUGAAAACUGUACUGAGGAAAAAAAUGUACUUUUUUAUAAAUAAAGUGUUUAAAACAA